UGAAUGUUAGGAAUUUCCUGUGUACCCCAAUUGUAAGAAAGCUGAGUUUGGUAGGUGCGGCAACAUCAAAUCAGAGCAACGGUUAGGUCACUGUUCCGAAGUGUCACCAUGCUUACAGUUAACGUGAAUUUUUAGGAAUUGCAAUUUUCAAGUCCCCCGUUUUCUUAUUUUUGGAAACUUCUGUUGAUUGACAGAGACAAGGUUAUCCUAAAAUUUCGCAGAGCUCAUAUUCAUUUUUUUUUAUAUUAAAGUUCGACCACUGGGAGUUACUUCCUUCCGACUCAGAGCUGCAAAUUUUCAGAAAAGACCAAUUUCUGGCAGUCCAAUUCCUUGUCCUUUACCUACUCGUCGCAAGAUUUGUUCAAGGGGACAGAAGUGGAAUUUUCUCUUCUUAAGCAUCAAGUUUCAUGCAAACUCACUGAUGUGGGAAAUGAUUCAUGCUCAUCAAAGGAGCAUGGAAAGAGUCAACCUUUGGUUAAGAUGUGUGGCAUUACAUCAGCUAAAGAUGCUGCAAUGGCAGCUGAAGCUGGUGCAAAUUUAAUUGGAAUGAUUAUCUGGCCUAACUCAAAACGUUCUGUUUCACUUUCGGUUGCAAAGGAGAUAUCGAAGGUUGCACGAGAUCAUGGGGCAGAGCCUGUGGGUGUAUUUGUGGAUGAUGAUUCAGAAACAAUUCUAAGAGCUUCUGAUGCGGCAAACCUUGAAUUUGUGCAGCUUCAUGGACACGGUUCUCGGUUAGCUUUCCCAUCUUUAAUUCAGGAAAAUCGUGUAAUAUAUGUUCUCCAUGCAAAGGACGAUGGGAGUCUUUUGAACACUAUUUCUGAGGAAGAGUGUUCUCUAGUUGAUUGGGUCCUUGUUGAUAGUGCACAAGGUGGCAGUGGAAAAGCAUUCGAGUGGGCUCGGUUAAAACUACCAAAAAUUAAAAGCAAGUACGGUUGGCUCUUGGCCGGUGGGAUCAAUCCUGAGAAUGUUUUAGAGGCUCUAUCUACUCUCAAGCCUGAAGGGGUGGAUGUCAGCAGUGGCAUUUGUGCAUCAGAUGGCAUCCGUAAAGAUCAAUCAAGAAUAGUUUCUUUCAUGAAUGCAGUAAAUUCUUUUGAGUGUUGAUUUUCCAACUUAUUAUGAGUCUCGAGAAAAGAAGUAUUGUUAUUUGGAAAUAUCCUUCUGAUGUCUUGUUGCAAAUUUGUUUCCAAAUCCAAUUGUAUCCCUGAAGUUUUUAGUUGGGUUGGCACGACAAUAUUGUAAUGCGGGGUGAGAUGUAUGUACAAUCUUUAUUUAAUUAAUACAAAUUCAAAUAAAGUAACUUACUUCCCCGUU